UCGACCUGCAGAUGGACAAACGCGAAAAGGCGGACGAGCACCCGGGCCAGCAGAACCGUGUGUCCCGGUUCGUGGAAUUUUUCGAGCGCGCGUCGCAGCCCGAGCCGAACGAGGUGAAGCGAAAAUCCGACAAGAAUCGGCGCAGAACGGACGAGAUGUCCGACGGCGACAGCGAUGGUCUGGUGGUAGCCGAGCGCAAACGGUCGGGCAAAAGGAAACACCGUAAGGUGCACAAAAAACAAAAGAAGGCCAAAAAGCACAAACGGCAUAAACAUCACCGUACGGACGACACGGAAAGCGACGAUAGCCAACGCAAGACGUUCGAUUCAGAGAACAGCGAAGAGGAGAACAAAGAUGGAAAAGAAGAAGAGGAUGAAGCAGCAGGUGGCGAGCUAGUCGGUGGUCGGUCUUCAGCGAAGGAUCUCGACCAACAACAGCAGUACCGACCUCGUUAUGAAUCGCCGGAGCGGGGACGCAUUCUCAAGGACGAGCGACGUACAGCGUCGCAAUUGAGAGGCUGCGGCGAAGCAGACUAUACUGACCUGCACAAAAGCUCCGAGUACGAUGAUUCGAAAAGUCGGUUUCAAGGGCACGGAAGCCAAAGGCGUGCCUAUGACGAACGAUUAACAACCCGGGACGAGUAUCGACGACAACCUCCGGACCGGCACUAUUCCGGUUCCACACGCUAUUCCGCUCUCUCGCGGUAUUCCGGUGAGCGUUCGCGCAAACCAAGUGAACCACGGGGAGGACGGGAGGUGACGAUGAAGGGUAGCAGUGAUCACCAACGACGCCGGUCCACACCCUCAUCCGCUAGCCCCGAUGAACGGCGCUUCGAUGCCGCAAGUUACUACCGUUGGCACGACGAAUCGGGACGCCAUCCGUACCAUUCCCGACGUAUAGAUCAUCGGCGAUCAAGGUCAGGUCCACGGGACGAGCGAGAAGGUCGAGUUCAACGUGGGCCGGAUCACCGCCGUGAACAUGGGUACUCACAGGAGGAGCGUAGCGCACGCAGCCGACCGGCGAAGGACGAACGCUUCGCGCGGCAAGCUGCUUCGCGGUGGGAUAGUCCGGGGGGAAAAGAGUACCGAGAACAGCGCAACAGUCCGGACUAUGGUGGAUCCAACAGAUACUACGGAGGCCACAAGACGGAAGCGAGAAUGAGCGGUAGAAAGCGUUUCUGCGGCGAGAGAGAACCAACCCGAGACGAGUAUCGGCACAAAUCUCCAGAGUAUAGCCACUCUGCUCCUAACAGUUCGGCGGACAUUCCGCGACGGUCCGCGAACGGGGACUAUCGUGAGCGCUAUUCGGGCGAGCGUUCCUGCAGCGGCAUACGCAAGCAAAGGGAGCCGUAUGAAUCCGCUGUGUCACGCACGGAAAAUGGCAGGCCGCGGCACCGGUCUUCACCAUCACAAAAUGACGAUCGGCGAUCCGACCGAAACGAUGCCGGGUACGAGUAUCGCCGCAAUUACGAGUCGUCCCAGCAUCGUGGUGAUCGUCCAAUCUCCCCAUACCGUUCUAGCCGCACAAAACAACAACGCCGGUCCGGUUCGCGGACCAAUCGCGAAGAGCGCGGAUCGCAACACGAGACGGACCAUCGACGAGCAAUGGUGGGCAAUCGUUCAGCAAUGCAUUCCACGUCGCAUGCUACCGAUCGCAGACUGGAACGUUUGCCCCACAGUCCGGGGGAACGUUUGCAGCGGAAAAUUUCGCGUAGUCCCCCGCGUUCAUCCCUGCACGACGGCGGCGUGAAGACCGAGGGUCAUCCAAUGGUAAAGGUAGAAAAACAGAGCGGCGGCCACGAUGAGGUUAAGAAAGAGCCCAAAGUGGGGGAGCAGGAACAAUCGAAAUCAGGUAAACUGGCGGUGGAUCGCCCGGAGAAGAACCAACAGCAACGGUUUGGCAAAAAUGGCGAUAGUGAAGCUGAGGACGGCGAACCACAAGCUGUCGAGAAGCAGAAGCCGAACUUUGCGCUAUCCGGAAAGCUGACGGAGGAGACAAACAAGGUGAACGGGGUGGUCAUCAUGUACUCGGAGCCGCCGGGGGCACGCAAACCGAAGCGCCGCUGGCGCCUGUAUCCAUUCAAAGGCGACCAGGCGUUACCGACGCUCUACAUUCACCGCCAGAGUUGCUAUUUGAUCGGCCGAGACCGGAAGAUUUGCGAUCUGCCGAUCGAUCAUCCAUCCUGUUCGAAGCAACACGCAGUCAUACAGUACCGGCUGGUGGCGAACGAGCGAGAGGAUGGCUCUACCGGCAAAUGCGUCCGUCCGUACAUCAUAGACCUCGAGUCUGCUAAUGGUACUUUCGUCAACUACAAGCAGAUCGAACCGAAACGCUAUCUUCAGCUGUUCGAGAAGGACGUGCUCAAGUUUGGUUUCAGCUCGCGAGAGUACGUGCUACUGGAUGAGAACAGCAAAGAGCAACAGCAGGAGGACGAGGAAAACGACGAGCGGCUAGACGAGAUCACGUAAACAUUGCUAAACGGGAUCCGGUAGUGCCAAUGUACAGAACACAUCGUGUAAGUGACAUCAACCUGCCCCACCGCUUGCCAUGUGGUGCGGUUACUGCGAGAAGAUUUUUUCUCUUAUCGGUUACACUUCUCACCUCAUCUAUACUAGCCUGAGUUGCAAAUUAGUUGCAGCAGAACACGACCAGGUGAAAGAAAACAUACCGAGGGAUACAUAUUUUACAACACUCUAGCUAAGCGAAUAUAUAGAUAAGUACGGAAAGGCGACGGAGAAAACUUGCUUCCUCUGUUUCCCAUCAAUCUGUAGCAUAAAGGAGCAUCGUCGUAAUACAGGAGCAUCCUGUAAACCCAGGCGUGCCCGCUUCGCAAAGUCGUGGGUUACGGAUGUGCCAUUUCUUGGUGAUGUAUUGCUCUCUCGGAACUGCAAACGAAGCGCCAAUACAAAUUCAAUUGUAACAUACU